UCUUGGUUCAAUAGUCCAUCAUGUUUCGACUAACGAUUACAACGUGUUUCUUAUUGUUCGCGCUAAGCGCGGCAGUAGACGUGAACUGGUACAAGAAUGCCAUCGUGUACCAAAUCUACCCGAGGAGUUUCAAAGACAGCAACGGAGAUGGUAUCGGUGAUUUGAACGGUAUCACCAGCAAGCUAGAGCAUAUUAAGGACAUCGGUGCCACUGCUCUCUGGCUAUCACCAAUUUAUAAGAGUCCACAAGUUGAUUUCGGCUACGACAUCUCCAACUUCACCGACAUCGAACCCACUUACGGAACUCUAGCAGAUUUCGACAAACUGGUAGCCAAGGCCAAGUCCCUCGGGCUCAAAGUGAUCCUGGACUUCGUACCUAAUCAUAGUUCUCCCGAGCAUCCCUGGUUCAAGAAGAGUAUUCAAAGGAUCAAGCCGUACGACGAGUACUACAUCUGGCGUGACGCCAAGAUCGUCAACGGGACCAGACAACCGCCAAACAACUGGUUGAGUAACUUCGGAGGCUCGGCUUGGGAGUGGAACAACGUUCGCAAGCAAUACUAUCUGCAUCAGUUCGCUGCAGGUCAACCAGAUUUGAAUUAUCGUAACAAAGGUUUGGAUCAAGAGAUAAAGGAUGUGUUCACAUUCUGGAUGAACCGUGGAGUCGAUGGUUUCCGCAUUGACGCCAUCAAUUUCAUGUUUGAGGAUGUCAAUUUUAAGGAUGAACCGAGCGCAAACAGAACCGAUAUCCCUAAGGACGACUACGACAGUCUGAUCCAUAUUUACACGUUAGAUCAGAACGAAACCUACAACACGCUCAACAGCUGGAGGAAGCUUAUGAACGACCACUCCAACCGUACCAAUUCCGAUCCUAGGCUAAUUCUCACGGAAGCAUACACCACUCACGAGCGAACCAUCAGAUAUUACGACGCUGGCUCCAAUGUUCCCUUCAACUUUAUGUUCAUCACGAGCCUGAACAACGGAUCUACCGCGGCGGACUACAAAAAUCUGAUAGAUAAGUGGGUGAGCACCGUGCCGAGUGGCAACGUGCCGAAUUGGGUCGUGGGCAACCACGAUAACCAUCGCGUGGCGUCCAGAUUCGGCACUGGACGAGCUAAUAUGAUUAUCCAGAUGGCAAUGGUCCUACCUGGUAUAGCGGUUGUUUACAACGGAGACGAAAUCGGAAUGGUAGACAGACCAUUCACGUACAAGGAGACUGUCGACCCAGCCGGUUGCAACGCUGGUCCUGCCAGAUACUUCGUGAAAUCCAGAGAUCCAGAAAGAACACCGUUCCAAUGGGACAAUAGCACCAGCGCUGGAUUCUCCAAUAGUACGAAAACCUGGUUGCCUGUGCAUCCCAAUUAUAAGACCUUGAAUCUGGAAGCUCAGAAGAGUGCAGCUAGCUCCCCAUAUAAGCUGUUCAAACAGUUAAUGAACAUAAAGAAACGACCAGUAAUCGCAAGCGGCUCCUUAAACGUUGCAGUAUUGGAUAAGCAGGUUUUGGGUAUUACUCGUACUCUAGGAAGCGAAACUGUAAUCGUUCUGCUCAAUUUCGGCAAUGAACCUGCCACUGUAAAUGCUAGAGCUUCCCUGCCAGUUCCUCCUGCCUUGGUACUUCAUGCUGCCGAUACUGAUUCCCAUCCUCGUCCAGGUACCAUGGCUUUCACCAAUUCAAUAACCGUUCCCGCAUCUUCUUCCGUCAUGUAUACCUCUCCUAAUAUAUAUCGUUCCAUGAAUGAGUAAUUCUGAUUUUGCAUUUCUUUAUGGGUUUUAGCAACGUUGACGAAUCACCUGUACCAUGUUAUUAAUGUAUUGACGAUCAGUUUUUAAUAAACUUUAUUCUAUUUAUCUCGUU